AAAUAUAGAAAAGGUCUUCCCUUUCCUCUAUUAACGGUUCACCCUUUCCCCCAAAAGAACAAGAUUGACGAAAAAAGUUCCGCUUUUCAUACUUCUCGACAUGGCACAUCUAACAAGUUUUCCUGUUAACAGCAAAAGAACAAUCAAUUACCAUCUCCGAAUUCAACAACCUCCAUUUUCUCAUAUUCUUUAUUUCUCAACGUACACAGAAAUUCGUACAAACUGAGAACAAAAAAAUGUCAAGCGACAGUGACGAAGAUGAGCUGUUACAAAUGGCAUUACAGGAGCAAGCACAGGGCAAAAAACCGCCAGAGCAAAUGCCAAAGCCGAGUCCUAGUAGCGGCAGAGGAGGUGCGACGCCGAACAGAAAAAGCACCAAUGCCGUGCAGCAGAAGCAGAGAAAAGGAGUGGAGGAAGAUGAAGAUGAUUCAGACUUAGAGAUACUCAGCAUUUCAUCUGGUGAUGAUGUUCCUUCCUCUAAGGAUCGUAAGGGCGUGUCGAAGAGAAGAGGUGCUGCAAGUGGAGGAGGAAGAUCAGUUGGAAAGGAUGAUGAUGAACCGUGGGAAGGCGGUGAACCUGAUUGCUGGAAACGCGUGGAUGAAGACGAGCUAAGGCGUCAUGUUAGGGAGAUGAGGGAGACUAGAGCAGUUCCAGCCACUCAAAUUAAGGCUGAGCAGGAGAAGAUGGCAUUGGCGAAGAAGGCACUUAACACUUUGCAGUCUUUCCCCCGUGGCAUGGAAUGCAUAGAUCCUCUAAGAUUGGGGAUAGUUGACAAUAGAACGUUACGGAUGAUCAGUGAGCACUCAUCAAGCUCCCCAUCUGUAGGUGAUAGGGAUCAUGUAGACGCCAAAACUCGCGAGAGGUUGAAUUAUUUUUCUGAGAAGUUUGACCCAAAGUUGUUUCUAUCCCGAAUCCACCAAGACACUAGUGCAGCAGACUUGGAGGCGGGUGCUCUUUCUUUGAAGACUGAUCUUAAAGGACGUAUGCAACAGAAAAAACAAUUGGUCAAAGAAAAUUUCGAUUGCUUUGUGUCUUGCAAAACAACGAUUGAUGAUAUUGAAUCGAAGUUGAGACGCAUUGAGGAAGACCCUGAAGGUUCUGGAACUUCUCACUUAUUUAAUUGUAUGCAAGGAGUCAAUUCAAUUGCUAACCGUGCUUUUGAGUCACUAUUUGAAAGACAGGCUCAAGCUGAGAAGAUAAGAGCUGUUCAAGGAAUGCUUCAGAGGUUCCGAACAUUAUUUAACUUACCCAGUACCAUUCGCGAGAGCAUUAGUAAGGGUGAAUACGACCUGGCAGUCAGGGAGUACAGGAAAGCAAAGUCAAUUGUUCUGCCUUCUCAUGUGGGAAUUUUGAAGCGUGUCCUUGAGGAGGUUGAAAAAGUUAUGCAAGAGUUUAAAGGCAUGCUUUACAAGUCUCUGGAAGAUCCUCAUAUUGACCAGACAAAUCUUGAAAAUAUAGUGAGACUCUUGUUGGAGUUGGAACCUGAAUCAGAUCCUGUAUGGCACUACUUGAAUAUACAGAACCACAGAAUUCGAGGCUUGCUUGCGAAAUGCUCUUUAGAUCAUGAAGCAAGGAUGGAGAAUUUACAGAAUGAGAUGAGAGCAAGAGCUUUAUCUGAUGCAAAAUGGAGGCAAAUUCAGCAAGAUCUGAACCAUUCUUCAGACAUUGACUACUCUGUAUCUCCUGGUGAUUUGCAACCAUUAGAGAUGAUCGGUGAACAAGGGGAUGCUCUUAGAGGAAGAUAUAUACGUAGGUUGACUGCUGUUAUUAUUCAUCAUGUGCCUGCCUUCUGGAAAGUUUCCGUUUCGGUUUUCAGUGGGAAGUUUGCAAAGACUUCCCAAGUGUCUUCUGAUUCAAAUGUCAAUGUCUCUGCAAAGAGAACUGAAGAAAAAGUAGGAGACGGAAAGUACUCAAGUCAUUCUCUUGAUGAAGUUGCUGGAAUGCUGCAGAGUACUUUAUCAGCUUAUGAAUCCGAGGUUCAAAACACAUUUCGAGAUCUUGAAGAAUCAAAUAUUCUUUGCCCAUACAUGAAUGAUGCUAUAAAAGAGAUAUCUAAAGCAUGCCAAGCUUUUGAAGCCAAAGAAUCAGCGCCUCCAGUUGCUGUUACAGCAUUGCGCGCCCUUCAGUCUGAGGUCACAAAAGUUUAUAUAUUGAGGCUCUGUUCUUGGAUGCGGACUACAACUGAGAAGAUAUCAACAGAUGAAUCCUGGGUCCCAGUAUCUAUUUUAGAAAGGAACAGAUCUCCAUAUACAAUUUCUUCCUUGCCUCUGGCUUUCCGUUCAAUUAUCACAUUUGCAAUGGAUCAGAUCAAUUUAAUGAUUCAGUCUUUGCGGAAUGAGGCUACGAAGUCAGAGGACAUGUUCAUGCAGCUUCAAGAAAUUCAGGAAUCUGUUAGACUUGCCUUUUUGAACUGUUUGCUUAAUUUUGCUGGCCAGCUGGGGCACAUUGGCAAUCACCUUAUAGACGAAUAUAACGGAGAAAGUUUACAUUUUCAAAACGGACAUGCUGAACCAGAAAAAUCAUCGGAUCCUUUUCCUGGAAGCAUUAUUGAUCCACAUCGACAGUUGCUGAUGGUCGUAAGUAAUAUUGGGUAUCUCAAAGAUGAACUUUCUCAUGAAUUGUACAGCAAGUACAGACGAACUUGGCAGCAGCCUAGGGGUAAGGAUGAAGAGGAUGGUGAUAUGCAAGAUCUGAUUACGUCUUUCUCUGGACUCGAAGAGAAUGUGCUUGAGCAGUAUACUUUGGCGAAGACAAAUUUGAUUAGAACAGCUGCUGUAAACUAUUUGUUGGAGGGUAGUAUACAAUGGGGUGCUGUACCAGCAGUUAAGGGAGUGCGAGAUGCUGCUGUGGAAUUGCUGCACACUUUAGUUGCUGUACAUGCAGAGGUCUUUGCCGGUUGUAAGCCUCUGCUGGAUAAGACACUUGGUAUUCUUGUUGAAGGCCUAAUAGACACUUUCCUAAGCAUUUUCCAUGAAAACCAAGACAAAGAUUUUAUAGUAUUAGACGUGAAUGGCUUUUGUCAGCUUACGCUUGAGCUUGAUUAUUUUGAGACCAUAUUGAACCCUUAUUUUACACAUGAAGCAAGGGAGUCCCUGAAAACUUUACAAGGGGCCCUCUUAGAGAAAGCGACUGAGAGUGUCACAGAGACUAUUGAGACUCCAAGUCAUAGCCGUCGGCCAACACGUGGAAGUGAUGAUGUGCUUCAGGAUGAAAGGCAGCAAGGGGCGUCUGUAUCACCUGAUGACCUGAUUGCUCUUGCGCAGCAGUAUAGUUCAGAGCUACUUCAAUCUGAACUUGAGAGGACCCGAAUCAAUACGGCAUGCUUUGUGGAGUCAAUUCCUCUGGACUCUGUCCCAGAAUCAGCAAAAGCAGCUUAUGCUUCUUUUAGAGGAUCAAUGGAUUCUCCUGGUAGAGAUUUUAGAGGAUCUCCAAAUAUUGGACCCGCAAGCUUCUCCAAGCAUAGACGUCGAUAAAUUAUAGGUCUAUUUUAUUUUCUCAAGGAUGAGUUAAUUUUAACAGUAUCAAGCAUCUUCAAGUGUUCCAAUUUUCGCCACAGUGGGGAAGCCUCUUAUUGAGAUAUGAAACACAAAGACCACAAGUGAUUUUACAAACUAAUUUAUAGGUGUAUCCUGCAAGUUGUUUGUUUUAUCCAAAUUUUACUUUGGCCAUAGUAUUGUAUGGCUUCCAAAUUCCAAUUUUGUUGACCUUGUAGAAGUCAGCUCCAGCUCGCUCUGAUCUAAGACAAUCUUCUUGGAGAAA